UAAUGCAGUUAUUCUCAACCGCCGGUCCGCGGGCCAAAAAGGGUUAAGAAAUGCUGAUAUACACGAUACCUCUAAAUUAAAUCACGUGAAAUUUGGGUGAUAGUGAUAUACGAAUUAAAAAUAUCAGAAAAUGCAUAUGUCUUUGAAAUAAUCGCGAUGUAAACGAUGUAGAGGAAGACUAUCGCAUUCUAAGUUCAUAGGCCACUUAUCAAUCGCUACCCCAUAUACUAGAAGAAAACAGAUCGUAUUAUCUUUCAAAUCCCUGAUUGCUUCAAUUCAAUGCGCCUUGAACUGCCACGUAAAAUCCUUCGAACAUCGCCACACACGAUCUAGAAACGAUAGAAUGAAUGUUAUAGUUCCCUUUGUUGGCUCUGGUUUCCGAGAGUUGAAACGAGCCAGGUAAGAAGGUACUUUAACGGGGCUGAAUUACGGCAAGUGUUAUUGUUACUGCCUGUAAAUUUUUCUUUUUUGUCACGCUCGCCGAGUCAUUCGCUCGUUAACACACUCUCUCGUUAACGCUUUCGCUUGUUAACACCGGCGUUGUUCCGCGCUCUCGGUGCGAUGCAAAUUCAACAGCCGUCAUUGAGAUAUCAUAUCGUAGCGAGGGUAAACGUCAUCGGUUGAACACGACUGAAAAUUAACAGUGUUGUUUAUCACCAGGGUAAUAUCACCAGAUGUUCUUCCUAAUUCACCACGAAGACUGGAAAAGAUAUCUUUGAUAAAUCAGCGUUCUCAAGUAUCUACAAAGCGGCGGAAAUGAAAGUUAAACGUCAAUAAUCAUUCCGAUUGUCCAAUAAUCUUGACAAAUAGUAAGCUCUUGAAUGAAAAAUCAAGCAGGCUUCUGUAAAAACAUUUCAAUCGCAAGGAGCACGCGAAACGAUUGGCGCGAAUCACUUAACUGCUCCAGUGACAGGUGAACAUUAAGCGAGAAUACGAAAUAACAACCCCUGUCACGAGAUCGGUGUGUAACGUACGUCGAACGAAACGGCAGGGAAACGCGGAAAGAUUCAUUACGCGAUAUCCUAAUUGCAGGAUAUGAACUGGUAAGUGUGUAAUACGAAUAACAACGGGGGUAGAACCGCAAGGAUACCAGUGGGUAACGCAAGCCCGUCCUCGAACAUCUUAAUAAUAAUAAUUAGUUUCCAUCGUGGCGAGUGUUUUCCGCACGGCAAUUAACAGCUCCCACGAAAAAUAAUAGCAUCGAGAAUGCUUGCACGUUAUUGUGCACCACAUUCGACGUACCUAUUGUAGGAGAGGGAAGAAAAAGGCGUUUCUUCUCGGGAUCGUCUGUCAGACUAUCACACCGCAAUUCAGAACUCCUAUAAACUGCAUGCCGGGCGACCGCCAGCGAGAACACCGUCAUCCUUGCCGCCACCUAGCGGUCCCCGGCCCGAACCAAAGGCGUCCGAGGAGACGAAACCCUCUCCCCCUCCACUAAACUCCUACACUAUUCAUCCUUUUGCUUGUUAAAUAAUUUUGACAAACUGAUAUCGUACCUAAAAUAUUAUUCUUUUAUAAUUGGUGCAACUUCAUUUCGUAAAAUUCUCAAGUUCAUUAUAACCUUACAUAUAAAGAACAUUACACGUUCUCUGUAUCCUAUCGCACAGAAUUUAUUGUUAUGUUUGGACUGUAUCUGUUAGACGUCUGUGUGUCACAGCUUCAGUUAAACAAGGAGGUGUAUACUGACUCCACAGGAUCGACGCUUCUCACGAAAGUAGUAUUUAUUAAUUUUCCAGUGACGGAAGUGAAGGAACGCAAGCGAACCAGCAAAGAGGAUGACAAGAUUUACGUUUUCGAUUUCGAAGCUGGCCAGUCCAUUCAGUUCUCGAUGACUUGCGAAGAAUUACUUAAGAAGAUGAAGAAAUGUCCAUUGUGGAUUGGUGUUUUCAGAAUGGACGAUAAUUUCCCUAUCUGUUCUCUUCGAACGCAUCUUAGCGGAUGCGCUUGCGAUCUGGGCUCCCUGCUUAUUGAAAACCCAGCGCCUUUUAGGUUCAGAGGACCAUUCGAUCUUAUUGAUACUGGUCAAAAUUUCGCUGGUCGAUUAGAUCUCGAGAUAACAAUUUUCAAUUUAGGAAGAUGCUUGUUAAUGCGUUACGCUCUCGCAUCCAAUUGUUUCCUGUUCAAAAUGGAACCCGAUGGAACGGAGUAUAAAUGUAACUUUAAAGACUCGUCGAAGCUAGGGAUGAGCGUAUUACCUGCGGAUAAUUUCGCAAAUCGAGAGAUGAUAGUUGAUACCAGUCCCGCGGGAAAUCUGAUCAAAGAUAUCGCUGGAAUUUCUCCAGUGGCUGAUCAUCUUGGCGAUGGUAGGCCGCCACCUAAGCCUCCACGCGUCCCCUUGUUUGAUCCCUCCCAGUCUAAGCGGAAAAAGAAAAAAAAGGGUAAAAAGAAGGGAAAAGGGAAAAAAUAAAAUUGUCCAGAUUUUAUCCAUAUCAAAGUAUAGGUACAGAAUUCUUUCCAUCGAAUAAUUUGUUCAAUUUAAUGAAACGAAAUGUGAUAAUAACAUAGGGUAAAAAGGGAUAAUGAUAAUCAUUUAACGCGUCUACCAUCGCAGUAAAUAAUAUGACCAGAUGAUUUUUAAAUUUAAGCUUUUAUUAGGCAAAACUGCAUCUAUUUCAUUCUGAUGGAAUUUUGAUAAAAGCUUCAAAAUUUGAAAAUUUGUAAUGGAACCACAGGAGUUAAUAAGUGUGCACAAAUUUCAAGUAAUCACGUUUCAAUUAAAAGUUUUGAUAUCUAUGUUUAUCUUCAGUAAAUUGUAAAUGUAUGAACACCCUAUAUAUCCUAGAGUUAAGAACGUUACGUUCUCAUAAAUCAGUCUCGAUUCGAUUCAGCAUAAAUCAUAAUCGUGUCGUCGGACAUAUGCAGACAUCUUUGCCCUAUAGCAAAGAGCCUCGUGAGAAAGAUUCUCUAGGAUGCUGAAUCGCUCUCUCUUCUCAUGAUAUGCCGUUAACUGCUUUUCAUCCUAAGCCGACGCGUUUCUUUCGAUCACUUCUCCUAUAUGUAUAUACAAUAUAUCAUUAGUACUCUGUAUUAGAUUCCACUAAUUAAAAACAACAUGAAUUAUCUCUUUUUAAAAUUUUAAUUAAAAAUGU